GUCUUUUCACCACCAAAGUUACAUUUUGAGUCUGUUCAUAGGCAAGGCAUGGCUUCAUCUAUCACUCUGAUCGCAGUCUUUUCAAUUGCCCUGUUUGCAUGCAUCACGGAAGCAAGGAAGAAUCCUACGGACUCUUUGCAAUCUGCUGUCAUUAAUGAGCAUACUGAGGACAAUCACCACGCAGAGUUGUCCCUUUCCAAUCAGAAGAAGACAAGUGAUGGUAACACAUUGAAGGAUUUCGAGUCGAAGCCCGGCUCCUUACUCUGGAACUAUCAAGGCAACCACGCUGAGUCUAAGUCUAAGGAAGAGAAGCCUCUUAUGAAAGACUUUGAGUCGAAACUCGGUUCCUUACUACUCUAUCACUAUCAAGGCAACCACGCUGAGUCUAAGUCUAAGGAAGAGAAGCCUCUUAUGAAAGACUUUGAGUCGAAACUCGGUUAAGUACUACUCUAUAACUAUCAAGGCAACCACGCUGAAUCUAAGUAUAAGGAAGAGAAGCCUCUUAUGAAAGACUUUGAGUCGAAACUCGGUUCCUUACUACUCUAUCACUAUCAAGGCAACCACGCUGAGUCUAAGUCUAAGGAAGAGAAACCUCUUAUGAAAGACUUUGAGUCGAAACUCGGUUCCUUACUACUCUAUCACUAUCAAGGCAACCACGCUGAGUCUAAG